CGUCAUUUCUGAGCUAAUGUCGUCAUAUUUGCAAUAUUUAAUAUUUCCAAUCUAGCGAUUUUUGCCUAAAUCUCAAGCGAUUCGUCUUUACUUGGCAAAGGACAUGAAGUUGGCUCUAGCAUUAGCUGCACUGAUGGUGUUCAUCAAGACUAGUACAGGUGUCUUUGCACCAUCUGUCAACUGCGGCCCCGAUGUAAUGAACGGGGAGACGUCACAAGUGAGCUGUAGUCUGAACGGAAAUGUAGCCGGGGAAUUAUUCUGGAAGCGACCCGAUAAUAAAUUAGCUAUGUCGUGUAACUUUAGAACUAAAUCGUGUCAGUCGUUCUUUCCGGAGCUCUACGUAGGUUCGGUGGAUUCGCCUUCGGAAGCCAGCCUGACGAUCACGUCGUUCGACUUCGCCUCGGACGCCGGGGCGUGGACAUGUAUGGACGGCACCGGUACCGCAUCGCUGUGUCGAAAGAAGCCCAAGUCAUUAUUACCAGCAUGGAAGAAUGGUGUCUUUGCACCAUCUGUCAACUGCGGCCCCGAUGUAAAGAACGGGGAGACGUCACAAGUGUACUGUAGACUGAACGGAAAUGUAGCCGGGGAAUUAUUCUGGAAGCGACCCGAUAAUAAAUUAGCUAUGUCGUGUAACUUUAGAACUAAAUCGUGUCAGUCGUUCUUUCCGGAGCUCUACGUAGGUUCGGUGAAUUCGCCUUCGGAAGCUAGCCUGACGAUCACGUCGUUCGACUCCGCCUCGGACGCCGGGGCGUGGACAUGUAUGGACGGCACCGGUACCGCAUCGCUGUGUCGAAAGAAGCCCAAGUUAUUAUUACAAGCAGGGAAGAGUGGUGCCGCUGUCCAUGUAGUAUCAGCUUCUGUGGUUAUCUUCUGGAUCGUGGCCAUAAUGGUCGCAAACCUGCAGAUGACAACUUGCAACUUCCUCAACUGACUAAUCUCUUGUAGGAAUGUUCUUUGGACCCAAUUAAACAACAACAAACCAACAAGACAAAAGCAUAUUUAUAUAACAAAUAUGACUGUUUGUAUAUAUAUAUAUAUUAGUUUCAACAACAAACAAGACGAAAACAUGUUUAUAGUGCAAACAUGACACUUUGUUUAUAGACAUAUUUCAAACGUGUGUAACUGCUUACUUUGAAAGCAUCUUUCUUUCUUUCUUUUUUCUUUCUUUCUUUUUUUUUUUUUUUUUUUUUUUUUUUUUUUUUUUUUUUUUUGCCUUAUAAUUUUUUCACUUUUCUUUCAAAUGUUACCUCUACAAGUUGGUCCACUGAAUUUCUGUCUGGGAAGCCCGAAAUUGUACAAACUGGUGUUUAAUUGUUGUUUUACUUGAAGGAAUUAUUUAUUGUUUGAUAA